AUGCAGUGGACGCUGUUCCUGAUGACCCUCGUGGGUGCUGUGUUCUCCACAGUAUACGCGAAGGGCCCUGAACAGUGUCCUGGUUAUGAGGCUAUCAAUGUGAACGAGCAAGAUGGCUCACUAGAGGUGGACCUCCGCUUAUUGGGGGACUCCUGUGAUCUAUUCAGCUCUGACUUGCCGAACCUGAAGUUACUCGUGGAGCACCAAACAGAGAAUCGCCUUCAUGUCCUCAUAUUCGACCCAGAUGAGGCAGUCUACCAGGUCCCUGAAUCUGUCCUUCCUCGUCCGUCCACAAUGGAACAUCGCGACCGGAAAAUUCAGUUCACUUACGAACGCAGCCCUUUCAGCUUCAAGGUGAAGCGGGGUGAAGAGGUACUUUUCGAUACCUCGGGAAACAAGUUGAUUUUCGAGACACAAUACCUGAACUUGCGUACUUGGAUCCCUGAGAACCCAAACAUUUACGGGUUGGGUGAACACAGUGAUUCGCUGCGCUUACCCCGCGUCAAUUACACACGAACCCUGUGGAAUCGCGAUGCUUAUGGGAUUCCACCCAAGAGCAACCUAUACGGUUCCCAUCCUGUAUAUGUUGACCAUCGCGGGUCUGUCGGUACUCAUGGCGUAUUCUUCUUGAAUUCAAAUGGCAUGGACAUCAAAAUCGAUGAAUCUGACGAUGGCCGCCAGUAUAUCGAGUACAACACACAGGGUGGAGUCAUAGACUUGUAUUUCCUGGCAGGUCCGACUCCCAAAGAAGUCGGCAAACAAUACGCAGAAGUUGUUGGCUUCCCUGCCAUGCAGAGCUAUUGGGCCUUUGGGCUCCACAACUGCCGAUACGGAUACCGAGAUGUCUUUGAAGUGGCUGAAGUGGUUUACAAUUACAGCCAGGCCCGGAUUCCACUGGAGACCAUGUGGACUGACAUUGAUUACAUGGAUGCCCGCAAGACCUUCACAUUAGACCCUAAGCGGUUUCCUCCUAGUCGCAUGCGCGAGCUUGUCAAAUACCUUCAGGCCCAUGAUCAGCACUACAUUCUUAUGGUCGACCCUGCGAUCAGCUACAGCGAUAACCACGCGUACAACCAGGGGAGCAAUGAUAGUAUAUUCCUAACCGAUGUCUCCGGAGCUUUCUACAAAGGCGCGGUCUGGCCCGGUGUGACGGUAUGGCCUGACUGGUUUAACUCCAAGACCCAGGGGUAUUGGAACGAACUAUUUUACCAAUUCUUCAACCCCGAGGGUGGCGUUGAUAUCGACGGAUUAUGGAUAGACAUGAACGAAGCUUCUAACUUCUGUCCUGACCCUUGCGAAGACGCUUAUAGCUACGCAGAGGAAGCCGACCUGCCACCUGCGCCGCCACCUGUUCGCUCUCCGCCGCGCCCUCUGCCAGGUUUUCCUGCAGACUUCCAACCACAAGGGUCAAAUACGUCCACACGAUCUCUGAUACGGCGUCGUGACUCCGGCAAGGGAUGCAAGACUGGGAUAGCCGGAAGGGACCUUCUUAACCCGCAGUAUCAGAUCGCCAACGCCGCAGGCUCUCUCAGCAAUAAGACAAUCCGAACGGACAUUGUUCACGCUGGGAAGGGCUAUGCGGAGUACGAUGUUCAUAAUAUCUACGGUACCAUGAUGAGCAGUGCUUCUCGCAAGGCUAUGCUCCAUCGUCGUCCUGGACUGCGGCCUCUUGUGAUUACGCGAAGCACCUUUGCAGGUGCCGGUGCCCAUGUUGGCCACUGGCUUGGGGAUAACCUGAGCGAGUGGGAGAUGUAUCGCAUUUCAAUUGCACAGAUGCUCGCCUUCGCCUCAAUCUUCCAAAUCCCAAUGGUAGGAUCCGACGUCUGUGGUUACGGCGGCAACACAACUGAGGAGCUAUGCGCUCGCUGGGCGACUCUGGGCGCAUUCUACCCUUUCUACCGCAACCACAACGCGCUAGGCAGCAUCCCGCAGGAAUUCUACCGCUGGCCCACCGUGGCCGCUGCAGCCCGCAAAAGCAUCGACACGCGGUAUCGCCUCCUCGACUACCUGUAUACUGCAUUCUGGCGGCAGACGCAGACAGGCGAGCCUUUCCUGCAGCCACUGUUCUACGUCUACCCGCACGACGCGAACACGUUCGACAACCAGCUCCAGUUCUUCUACGGCGACGCACUGCUGAUUUCGCCCGUGCAUGACAAGGGUCAGACGUCGGUCACAGCGUACUUCCCCGACGACAUCUUCUAUGACUUCUACACGCACAAGCCGUUGCGUGGGCAUAGCGCUAACAUCACGCUGGCUGACAUCCACCUUACCGACAUCCCUGUGCAUAUACGUGGUGGAUACGUGAUUCCGCUACGGAUCGAAGGCAAAGGGAGCACCGGACCCGCACAGACCACGGCAGAGCUACGGCGGCGCAACUUUGAGUUGCUGGUUGCGCCGGGACUGGAUGGCAGCGCGACGGGCGAGUUGUACCUCGACGACGGAGAGUCGAUUGUGCCGAAUACGACGUCCCUCGUGACCUUCCAAUACAAGAAUGGCACAUUGCAUAUUGGCGGCAAGUUUGGCUACAAGGCGGGCGUGUUGGUCGAGUCAAUCACCUUGUUGGGUCAAUCCCAGGGUCGCCGCAGUAACGCAGACCGCCAAAGCGUCAAGCCCACGCAACUUGAGCUAACGGGACCGGCCGAGAUCGAGCUCUGA